AUGGCCUACCAGCCGUCGUCGUCUCAGCAGCGUUCGCUGUUCUGCCAGUGCAACAAGACACCUUGCGUGUGCUGGCCAUCGACAACUGCUCCUUCGCGCCCUCGUACCCAGUCGCGACCGCAGCCACCUACCCAGUCGCCACUCACUGCGGCAACGGUGCGACCGCACUAUCUUCCGGCUCAGACUCAGCAGCUACCAUCUCCGCAUACACCUUCAUAUGCAUCUCCACCAGUGGUCAUGCACCAAUCCCCCAAUCCUGCCAUGUCGCCGUCUCUCACGGUGCCAUCCCACUACCAGGCGGCGAACUCUGCGACCGCCACUCGCUCGCCUCAACUGAACACAAUUCAGCUUCACCCAAUUCUCAAAGCCCAGUCGAUCUUGCGCACACCCGACUCUCCGUCUGCUCUCCGUCUCCGCUGGGACAUCCGGAAGUCUCCCACAGAGGCCACGAUCCACUCUCAGCAUGAACCUGAAUACCUCUACGAGCACCCUACAAGCGUCGCGUAUGCCACCAACCCACCUGUCCCAUACUUACUGGUCGCCUGCAACGAUGCACUCCCAUGGCUUGCGCCUGUUCAUGCUCGCGAAGGCUCGCAAGGCGUGACCAUACGCGACGUGCUCGAGGCUAUCUCUGAAGUCAUCCACACCCAAGUCGACGCAAACAUGGCCCAGCUUCUUCCUACCGACGAGGACCGCGCACGACUAUACCAAGCCUACCACGACCGCGUCAAGCGUACUCGCGCACACGAAAACAGGGGCCUGCUUGCCAUCGAUUGGCUCGGCGAGAAGACUUUGUUCGUAUGUCUCGAACGUGACGAAGCUGUCGCACGUAAGCGUGUCAAGGAGGAGCAUAUGUGGCCAUAUGUGUUCUCCCUGAAGCUCAAGAUGCGCAAGGGUGCACUAGUAUCUGAUGCCUAA